AUGAAAAUACUCAAGCAGCAACUGAAGCCACAUGUAAAAGUUGGAGGAUCUCCGUGGAUAAUGGAUACGAGGAAAGGAAUCGAAUGUGAGAUGCACUGGGAUCCGCACGAUCUCGUAAUGUUUCGGAAGCCAAGUGAUGAUGAUUGUUAUCAAUCUCGUAUCGUGAAGGCGAAGCCGCUGCCAACAAAGUAUGCUCAGAAGCUUUCGAUGUCAGGAAAGGACUUUGUGUCAAGUGGAUGCGAAGGAGGUAGUAACACGAGCAACAGAGCUUCAUGCUCGUCGCCAUCAACAGUACCCUUGACGGAGGACGAGAGAAAUAAAAUCCACGCAAAGAUACUCAAAGCAGAAAUGAAAGGAGAUUUGGAAGCUGUGGAAAAGCUCAGACGAAAACUGGAAGGCAAAGUCGAGAAGAACGAAUCUGUAGUUUUACUGAAGCGUGAUCGUUCUGGAAACGUGAUUCCUGCUCAAGGUAGCAAAGGGUCAUCGAAAUGUUUUGCAGAGUCCUCAUCGCGAAUUCAUCGCGAAUAUGGAAAGCAACAAAGUGUUGAAGAAAUGAUGCGAGAGGAAAAAUCAUCUACUGCUGAGGAUCAGCUUAUGCUCUUUCAUCGGUCAAUUAUUUUGAUCAUGGAUCUCCAUAAAGGAACGUUUGGUUUGUAUUCAUUUGGUUAUGCAGUGGUCUAA